UUCACCGCGGAGGAGCCCGAUGGGCACAGUGGGUGGCAAAGCCAGGCUGGCGGCCGCCCCGGAGAUGCAGGUCUGGAGCCGGGGCCAGUGGACACCGCUGUGCGUGUGGCCGUGAACCACGCCGCCCUGUGGCCCCCGGCGCCCCGGCCCAGGAACAUGACAACAGCGCAGAACGGCCACGGGCGAGGUGCCGCACCCAUCUGCUCAGUGUCCGACGCCAAAGACCCCAAGAUGGUGACGUCCCCCGCGUGGCAGAACGGGGGCUGUCGCGGCAGCGACGCGGACGCCCAGGAAGCCCGAGGGAGCCCCUCCAAGCUCGUGCGCCUCUUCUCGGUGAGCCGCAAGAGGACGAGCGCCCACCCCGAGCGGCCCCGCCCCGCUGUGCUGGUGGGAAACUCCUCGACUUGGAACGCCCUCGCCUCCUUCCGGAAAAUGGGAUCUUUUAAAAAAUUGAAGUCCUCCGUCCUCCAGGGAAUUCAGCACCGAGAGGGGUCAGAUGCCUCAAAGGUGGAGGCUCCGGAGCAUGACCCCGGGAAGCUCACCCGAAACGGCGCUGUCCUGGGCGUCCGGGCAAGCAGGUGGCCCUCCUCGGGAUCGGCCAGCGACGGCCCCAGGGCGGGGGACGCGGGCGCGUCCGACUGCUCGGACCCCGAGGACGGCGACGACGCCUUCCAGCGGAGCACGCACCGCUCGCGCAGCAUCCGCAGAGCCUACGGCCUGGGCCGCAUCAGCCUGCGGGACGUCGACGCGCCCCCGGCCCCCGCGCGGCCCCUGUCGGCGCUCGGCCCCGAGCCCGCCCUGUGCGAGGUGCUGGCGAGGGGCCCCGACGGCAGCGGCGUCAUCCGCAGGAAGAGCAAGAGCACGGACAACCUGAACUUUCUGAAGAAGGGCUCCUUCAAGCGGAAGUCCACCUCCAACCUCGCGGAGCUCAGAGGGGCGCACGGAAAGCCGCCGCCCCAGAGGACCCUGAGCAGCUCCUCCGCCGACUCCGAGACGCUCGGGGCGGCCGAGAGAAGGACGAAGCGCUGGAAGAGCCCGAUAAGGGCCAAGGACUUCGACAGAGUCUUGAAACUUGUCAGCAAUGUGACAGAUGCCGCCUGGAAGAGGGAGAGCCCCAAGAGCGCGGCGCCGGCCCCCAGCGAGGCCGUCCUGCGGCUGCGGCUGCACAGCAGGCUGCACGACGACUACUCGCGCCGCGUGUCCGGCAGCACCGAGUGGGACCCCCGGCGGGGCGCGUCGCCCGCGCCCGGCGCCACCGCCCCCUGCCCCGCCGCCCCUGGCUCCGGCCCGGCCACUCCUCAGGGUCCCCGCAUGGACGUCGACACGGCGGUGUUUCCUCUUGAAGCCAAAAGCUCCCGGGCGUCAGUAAGUGACGGUCCUUGUGCCAGCAGCUCCUCAUCAAGCUCGCUCGCCCAGGAUGUGUCGAGCAAAGACUCGGAUGAGCCAAACGCUGGCAGCCGGUUCACAUUUGACCUGGAGCAGCCUCCUACCCCUCUAAGGCCCACCACGCCCAAGCCCCAGAGCCCUAAGAGCCCAGGAGCAGGAAGUGCCAACUGCCCCAACCACCACAGCGCACUGUCCCUCAGCUCAGUGGAGAGUGAAGAAAGGGCAGAGGAUCCUGCUCAGAGAGAGCUGGAGCCUACGUCCCCCCAGGGUUCCAUGCAAACCACAUGCAGUGAUGGGGACAGCGGGGACCCUCAGCUGAGCCUGGGCCAGGCGGCCAGUCCAGAGGAAAAGAAGGAGGAGGUUGUCGCUGGUGACCCCUGGAGGCCAGGCUCGUCCCAGGAGGAGGAAAGGACGGAGGCACAGAGAAUCAGCAGGAGGAGAUGGGGUUCUGGACGGCGGCCCCGGCCGCGGCCCCUCUCCGACUACGGCCAGCUGGCCAGCCGCAGCCUGUCUAUUCCUGAAGACUCCGUUGCUGCGGACCCCCAGGGGGAGGACCGAGUGGACGGGGACCCCCAGGCGAGCGUGGCCGCUGGCGGCCCUGCAGACCAGAACACCUCCGUGGGCUGCCCCAGAGGAGCUCGGAGAAGACGCCCCAUUUCCGUGAUAGGUGGGGUCAGCUUCUACGGGAACAACCAGACGGAGGAAAUAGAGAAUCUUCUGACCCAACCGGCAGCCAGGCCACCCGUGCCCGCUCACCAGGUGCCACCCUACAAGGCCGUGUCGGCCCGGUUCCGGCCCUUCACCUUUUCCCAGAGCACCCCCAUUGGGCUGGACCGCGUGGGACGCCGGCGGCAGAUGAGAGCGUCCAACAUUUCUGCAGAUGGAGGUACCGAGUCCUCUGCCUUAGUUGAUGACAACGGCAGCGAGGAGGACAUCAGCUAUGAAGACCUCUGCCAGGCCAACCCGCGGUACCUGCAGCCGGGCGGGGAGCAGCUGGCCAUCAACGAGCUGAUUGGCGACGGCAGCGUGGUCUGGGCGGAAGCCCUGUGGGACCAUGUGACCAUGGACGACCAGGAACUGGGCUUCAAGGCCGGUGAUGUCAUCCAGGUUCUAGAAGCCUCCAACAAGGACUGGUGGUGGGGCCGGAAUGAGGACAAGGAAGCCUGGUUCCCCGCGAGCUUUGUCAGACUGCGUGUGAACCAGGAAGAGCUGUCGGAGAACUCCAGCAGCACCCCCGGCGAGGAGCCGGACGAGGAUGCCGGCCACAGCCACCACAGACACUCUGAGAACAAGCACCAGAUGAGGACGAACGUCAUCCAGGAGAUCAUGAACACCGAGCGGGUGUACAUCAAACACCUCAAGGACAUCUGCGAGGGCUAUAUUAGACAGUGCCGCAAGCACACGGGAAUGUUCACCGUUGCACAACUAGCCACUAUUUUUGGAAACAUUGAAGAUAUUUACAAAUUCCAAAGAAAGUUCCUGAAAGACCUUGAGAAACAGUACAAUAAAGAGGAACCUCACUUAAGUGAAAUAGGAUCCUGCUUUCUUCAACAUCAAGAGGGCUUCGCCAUCUACUCCGAGUACUGCAACAACCACCCGGGCGCCUGCCUGGAGCUCGCCCAGCUCAUGAAGCAGGGCAAGUACCGGCACUUCUUCGAAGCCUGCCGCCUGCUGCAGCAGAUGAUCGACAUCGCCAUCGACGGGUUCCUGCUCACGCCGGUGCAGAAGAUCUGCAAGUACCCGCUGCAGCUGGCCGAGCUGCUCAAGUACACCACGCAGGAGCACAGUGAUUACAACAAUAUAAAGGCAGCAUAUGAGGCCAUGAAGAACGUGGCUUGCUUGAUCAAUGAGCGCAAGCGCAAGCUGGAGAGCAUAGACAAGAUAGCCCGCUGGCAGAUGUCCAUCGUGGGCUGGGAGGGACUAGAUAUCUUAGACCGAAGCUCAGAAUUGAUUCACUCUGGGGAACUGACCAAAAUCACCAAGCAAGGCAAGAGCCAGCAGCGGACGUUCUUCCUGUUUGACCACCAGCUGGUGUCCUGCAAGAAGGACCUGCUGCGCAGGGACAUGCUCUACUACAAGGGUCGGAUGGACAUGGACGAGAUGGAGCUCGUGGACUUGGAGGAUGGGCGGGACAAGGACUGGAACCUCAGCGUGAAAAACGCCUUCAAACUCGUCAGUAAGAGCUCGGACGAGGUUCACCUGUUUUGUGCCAAAAAACAAGAAGACAAGGCCAGGUGGCUGCAGGCCUGUGCGGAUGAAAGGAGGCGGGUGCAGGAGGACCAGGAGAUGGGAAUGGAAAUUUCAGAAAAUCAGAAGAAACUCGCCAUGUUAAAUGCUCAAAAGGCAGGACAAGGAAAGUCGAAAGGCUACAGUGGCUGCCCCAUGGCCCCGCCGCACCAGGGCUUGCACCCCCUCCACCAGCGCCACGUCACCGUGCCCACCAGCGUCCCCCAGCAGCAGGUCUUCGCCCUGGCAGAACCCAAGAGGAAGCCUUCGCUCUUCUGGCACACCUUCAAUAAGCUCACCCCUUUCCGGAAGUGAAAGCAGGAGGGCUGUGUUCCAACUGAGGCAAUUGUAAAGGGGAGAACCAUUUUUAUUUCUUCUGUGCUUAAAUCCAAGGAAAGUUUCUUGGACCCAGUGCUGAAAACUUCUUGUUGGGGAUCAAUGAAAGAGAGAAGGACUUGGACUCACCUUCAACCUUCAGAGACCCAGCUGCCUUCACAGAAAGGUGAAGAAGGUCAUGACGCACAGCUUCAUCCUGCAUGAGAACCCCCUCGCCCUGCGACCCGCUCUGAGGUGGCCGGGACUUGGGACCCAGUACCACGCUCCCAAGGGAACGCUGAGACGGGGCCCCGGCGAGCCUCGCCCAUCAGUGAUGAGCAAGCUUCUGCCACGGUUCCGCACAGGGUGUCACGAGGUUUUCAGUCCCUAAGGAAGGACUAAAUUAGAGGAUCCCUUUUGCAUUUGAAAAGGGAGUCCUGGAGACGAGGUUGGUCCCAUGCUGUCUUGCUAGCACGCGGCUGCGCACACCUAGAAGCUGAGCUCUUACUCCUUUCCAUAGUAUCAGGGAACCCUCCGCUGCUGUGAGGGCCGUGGUGUUUCCUGGUGUCUUCUGAGUCCACACAGUUGCCAAAUCGUAGUACAGGCUUCGUCUUGCAAGAUUCCUUUUCCUACAAGCAAAGGGGAGAAAACAAUGUUGCAUCCAUCACCUGGCAGCGUGGCCUGCAGUGCAGAGUGACUUAAGCAUCCUCAAGAUACCGCUGCUUUCAAGACAAGGAGGGAGAAAUCCUCCUGCAUGCCGGGUUUGUCCUUAGGCAGGUCCUCUCCUGCCUUGAAUAAUUCCACAAGCAGAAAUCGUGUCUUGCCCACACGCCAUAACCUAAGAAAGUCCUGCCAUUCAAACAACUUUUUGAGAUAUAAAAGCCCAUUUACUCUAAUUUUUAUGAGAAAGGAAAUAUGAAAAUGCACUGUUGGAAGGCAUUCUCAGAGAGCAUCCCUGCACUGCUCCUGACAUCCUCACCAAAUUGUAACGAAAUUACAAAGACACAUACAUUCCACGGAGAAAACAUGAGGGGGCUGGAGCAGUCCUGCUUCCUGGGGAUUUGAAACUGCCUUUGUCACAUAAACCCAAAACAAAAGCAUGUAACCGUGCCACCAUGAGAAUGUUGGCAGAUUUCCGAAGACUGAUUCUUUCCGAAGACCUUAACAAAAUAUCAAGGCUUAGAGAUAGCAGUUUUAACGAAGGCCACACGGGCUGAUACCUGCGGAUAAUAAUCUCCUUUAUGUGUUUAUGUUGUGCAUUUUGAUGAAAAUAACUUUUAGCUAUAUCUGGAGAAGACAGGCUCUGCAAGGGAGAUGCCAUUUUAACCUACUCAGUGCCCUGGAGGGAAGGUAUCGUGUAUCGUGUUGUACAGUUUGUGGAUUUCUGUUUCAAAAGCUCGUUUUUAUAUGCUACUCUUGCAAAGUUGUUUUUUCUAGUAGAUCCAUGUUUGAGAAUAAACAAAUCUGUGAAAGACAGAGGUGUAA